AUGGCAGCCAGUGAUGUAACUGUAGGGGUCAUCUUCCUGGCACAGAUUUUUGUUGGCUCUCUGGGCAAUUCCUCUCUUCUCCUCCAUUUUCUGGUCCUUGACUUCACUGGGGGUAGGGUAAGACACACAGACUUGAUCCUUAAGCACUUGACUGUGGCCAACUUGUUAACUCUCCUAUGUAGAGGAGUUCCCCAGACAGUGGCAGCUUUGGGAAUGAAAGUUUUCCUUAGUGAUUUGGAAUGCAAGCUGCUUUUCUAUGUUCACAGGGUGGGAAGAAGUGUCUCCAUUGGCAGCACCUGCCUCCUGAGCAGCUUCCAGGCCAUUACCAUCAGUCCUGGGGACUCCAGGUGGGCAGCACUUAAAGAGAAAGCUCUCAGAUACAUGUGCUCCUCCACACGCCUAAACUGGAUUCUGUAUGGCCUUUUAAAUGUUAUGUUUCCAGUGGUCAUGACUGGAAACUGGAGUCACAGAAACAUCACCUGCCUAAAAGAUUUUGGAUACUGUUCUGCUGCUCGUCAUGACACAACCACAGACUCACUGUUUGCAGCUUUGCUCUCAUUCCCUGAUGCUGUGUGUGUGGGGCUCAUGCUCUGGUCCAGCAGCUCCAUGGUGUACAUCCUGCACAGGCACAAGCAGAGAAUGCAGCACGUUCAUAAGGUCAGAUCCCCAAAGUCCUCCCCUGAGCCACCAAAACCAUCCUCCUCCUGGUGA